CAUCAAUCGAGAGUUCGACCGACGAGGUAGUAAUUUUAUUUCCAGCAUUCUCAUUGGAACGACAACAUUAGAGAGGCCGUGAUCUGUAUUCACUUCACCUCCUCAUGCCCGUGCCCAAUCCGUUCCUUCGAUUGUGGUAUCGCUGGAAAGCUUUACGCCUUCCAUGGCGGCGACAAUUCCUUGCAGGUCAUGAUCUGGCUGGCAACACAUUCUGGGAAUUUAAAGAUGCAUUGAACGCAAACCGGUGGCGGCGGAUUGUCAAAUACUCGCAAUCAUCAACACACUACGCCGAUAUUCAAAUCUCCCCCCAAUGGCACCAAUGGCUUCGACACACUCGACCCGUUGCGCCUACGACACAAGAGCAGCAGUAUGAAGUCUGCCGACGCAGCGCCAUGCAGCGACUUGCCGCAGAAGCCGACGAACGUUGGAAGAGCCAACCGAGCUACCUCGACUCGCCCAAUCGGCAGCAGCCACAGCCGGCAAUCGGUGUGAAAGACCCAGGUGGCUACGUGGACCAACCGACGGAAGACGUGCAGAGACAGGGCGUCAGGACUGCAGUGGAAGCACCCAAAUUGCAAGAGGCGAAGAAGAGUAAGAAGGAUCAGAGUCCAUACGAGAAAUCGCAAUCGAAGGGAGGACCGAGUGAAGGAUGGCAGCCAGAAGAAUGGACCGGUGGGAUCACGCCGCGAAGGUGACAUUCAAAUUGUACAGUGGAAAUGCCGAAUCAAAGCGAGACCAAGCUUUUGUACCAUAACUGCAUUGAUUUUUGCGCCCUGUAGCAUCAAAAAAUACCGUAGUUGACGAACAUGAAUCAUGUAUCAAAUUCAACAAAAACGCUUUUUCUGGCGAG